UCCCCAUUCUGCAAUACUUCCCUUUUCCAAUUCUUUCGCGAGCAUAGAGGUGUCGAGCAACCAACAAAAAUAUAUCAUGGGUUCAGAGCUACGACGAGUUCAGCAAGCUUGGGAACGCAUCCGUGCUAAUAGCCCUAUAUAUGCUUUUCUCCUCAAUGACAUCGACAUCUACAAUGCUGAGAGAGGGGUCUUUCUUGCCCAGAUCCAAGUUGCUUCUCACCACCUUAACUCAAAAGGCACCUUACAUGGUGUUUUCUCCGCCUGUGUCACUGACUGGGCAGGCGGGUUAGCAAUCGCUUCCUGUGGCCUCGACUCUACGGGUGUGAGCACGGAUAUUCACGUUAAUUAUCUUUCCACAGCAGCCAUUGGUGACUGGCUGGAGAUCGAGGGUCGGGCCAAUAAAGUGGGGAAAUCGCUCGCUUUCACGACUAUCACCAUCUCUAAAAGGACGGAGUCUGGACAAACAGUCAUUGUUGCGCAAGGAACUCAUACAAAGUACAUUAAAGUACGAUGAAUAUGGCCUGUCUGUGUGGAAAAUCACACAGCAGCAUGCAUAUUGCAGCCUUAGAAUCCCUCAAAAGCCAGAGCGAGCCUGGAGGGCAGCGAAUGAAUUAGAGGCUUCAUAUUGACUGAGCCACACCGCCAUCUUCUUUACAUCUGGCAUGAAGCGCAUAUACUUUGAAUGCCUAGAUUCACUCGGAUAGCGGAGAAUAAAUCCAUUCUAUUGCUUUAGAUACUUUGCUCUUGAGCAGUGAAGCAAAGUAAUAACGAAUGGAACAUUUCUUAAGGCCUUCCAAGUCUUGCGCUAGAGGCUUCCAAAGUAGGAGCAAGUCAUCGUGAUGUCACUGUACAGUAUGUACUCUGUAAAGUUUUCAUUAGUGUUAAUCGCAUUACUCGG